GUUUCUGGAAGCUUCUCUCACAGUUUAUAUGUAGCUGUGCCGCCCCCUCCUCUCUCAUAUUGACUCGCAGAGAAAUACGAGGAGCGGAGCUUGGUGAUAGCGCCUUAUUGUUCUAGCCCUGUCUAUAUUGUCACUAUACUGUGACAUACUGAGCGCUGAUAGUAUAUUGAGACUCUGACUCUCAUUAGCUUGCGGCAAGUCCGUUAUCACCAUGUCGGUGGUAGGCUUUGAUCUGGGUUUUCAGAACUGUCACGUCGCCAUCGCCAGAGCCGGCGGUAUUGAGACCGUAGCCAACGAGUUCAGCGAUCGGUGUACCCCAGCCGUAGUAUCAUUUGGAGCAAAAAACAGAACAAUUGGUGUUGCAGCUAAAAAUCAGCAAGUCACAAAUGCAAAUAACACUGUAUCUGGUUUCAAGAAAUUUCAUGGAAGAGCCUUUAACGACCCAUUUGUUCAGAAAGAAAAGAAUGGUUUGGCAUAUGAUCUGGUCCCCAUGAAAAAUGGUGGGGUUGGAGUAAAGGUAAUGUAUAUGGAAGAGGAGCACUUCUUCAGUGUUGAACAGAUAACUGCUAUGCUGUUGACAAAAUUAAAGGAGACUGCUGAGUACAACCUCAAAAAGCAAGUGACAGACUGUGUCAUAUCUAUUCCAUCAUUCUUCACUGAUGCAGAACGGAGAUCUGUACUGGAUGCAGCUCAGAUAGUUGGCUUGAAUUGUCUUAAAUUAAUGAAUGACAUGACUGCAGUUGCAUUGGCCUAUGGGAUAUACAAGCAAGAUCUGCCAGCACCUGAAGAAAAACCCAAAAUAGUAGUUUUUGUUGAUAUGGGACAUUCUGCUUUCCAAGUUUCUGCCUGUUCCUUUAACAAAGGCAAACUUAAGGUCCUUGGCACUGCGUUUGAUCCAUUCCUGGGAGGAAGAAACUUUGAUGAAAAAUUAGUGGAACACUUUUGUGCAGAGUUUAAAACAAAAUACAAGAUAGACGUGAACACAAAAAUACGUGCCCUUCUGCGCCUGUAUCAGGAAUGUGAAAAGCUGAAAAAACUUAUGAGCAGCAACAGCACAGAAUUACCUCUUAACAUUGAAUGCUUCAUGAAUGACCUUGAUGUUUCUGGACGAAUGAGCAGGUCACAGUUUGAAGAAUUGUGUUCAGACAUCUUGCAAAGAAUAGAACCUCCCCUCCGUUCGCUAAUGGAGCAGAUUCAAUUACAAAUUGAAGAUAUUCAUGCAGUUGAGAUUAUUGGGGGCGCUACUCGAAUCCCAGCUGUGAAAGAAAGGGUUGCAAAGUUUUUUGGGAAGGAUAUUAGCACAACAUUAAAUGCAGAUGAAGCGGUUGCAAGAGGGUGUGCACUGCAGUGUGCAAUUCUUUCCCCGGCCUUCAAAGUGAGAGAAUUCUCUGUUACAGAUGUUGUCCCUUACCCUAUUUCCCUGAAAUGGAGCACAGAAGCUGACGAGGCUGAAGGAAACCACGAAGUAUUCAGCAAAAACCAUGCAGCUCCUUUUUCAAAAGUUCUCACCUUCUUUAGAAAAGGGCCAUUCCAACUGGAAGCCUUUUAUUCUGAUCCUGCUACAGUCUCUUAUCCAGAAUCUAAGAUUGGUCAAUUUGUUGUGCAAAAUAUCUCUGCAACAAAAGAUGGCGAGAAGGCCAAAGUAAAAGUUAAAGUUCGCGUUAACACACAUGGAAUUUUCAGUGUCUCCACUGCUUCAAUGGUUGAGCGAUUGCAGGUGGAGGAGAAUGAAGAACAGUCUGCAGACACUGAAGUAGACUUGCAGAACCAGUGUGCAAUGGACACCGAUCCUAAUAAAAGUAUCCAGCAAGAAAACAGUGAAGCUGGAACACAGGCCCAGGUACAAACUGAUGGCCAAGAUUCUCCUCCUCCACCCGAGCCGUCUAUUGGGGAAAACAAAAUGACAGAAACAGAGAAAGCGAAUGAAAAGAAAACUGAUCAACCACCAGAGGCAAAAAAACCCAAGAUAAAGGUCAAGAAUAUUGAUCUUCCAAUUGAAGCAAACCUUGUAUGGCAGCUUGGGAAAGACCUUCUCAAUCUGUACAUUGAGAAUGAGGGCAAAAUGAUCCUGCAAGAUAAACUGGAGAAAGAGAGGAAUGAUGCUAAAAAUGCAGUUGAAGAGUAUGUUUAUGAAUUUAGAGACAAGCUAUCUGGACCUUAUGGAAAGUUUGUGUGUGAGAAGGAUCUUAAGAGCUUUUUGGAAUUCUUAACAGAAACUGAGAAUUGGUUGUACGAGGAUGGUGAAGAUCAAUUCAAACAGAUGUAUGUAGAAAAGCUGGAUGAACUUAAGAAAUUUGGAAAUCCAAUUCAGUUAAGGUUUAGAGAGGCAGAAGAGCGUCCAAGGAUGUUUGAAGAACUCGGACAGAGGUUGCAGCACUAUGCAAAAAUUUUAGAAGAAUACAGGAAUAAGAGUGAGACAUAUCAGCACAUCAAUACCACUGAAAUGGAAAAAGUGGAAAAAUGUGUCUCUGAAACCAUGGAAUGGAUGAAUAAUGCAUUGAAUGCACAAGCAAAACAGAGGCUUGAUGUAGACCCAGUUGUGUGCGCACAUGAAAUUAAAGCAAAGCAUACUGCACUGGAUACCACCUGCCAUAAAAUAGUUUCACAACCUAAACCCAAGGUUGAAUCUCCUAAAAAGGACAAACCAGUAAAUGGAGUGAGUCCGACUAAUGAAGAGAACCUGAAGACUGAAAAAAACAUAAAUAGUGAUGCCCCUCAGCAGAAUGGGGACUGUCAUCCAAAUGAAAAAAAUACUAUUGAAAUGGACUUGGAUUAAAGAAAAAUAUAAUUCCUGCCUUGAGGAAUAUGUUCCUAUUUUGUAUAGAUUAUCGGCGGUUAUGAACUGCAAAGGAAGAUGUAUUCUAGAGAUUUUCUUGCUCUAUUUCUAUGGGAUGUGACCAAGCACCGUCUAGGAAACUUAUUUAUUAAAUUGUUCUGAUUUUAGUUUUUUUUUUAAAUGUUAAGUAUUUGUUUUUCCAUGCACUGUAUAUUCUAUAGCACGUUCAUAAAUUCAAAUAAGAAAAUUCUUUUGGUAACUUUUCAAAAAAAGAUUCCUGUGGAAUUGUGCACCUCAUUAAAGGCUUCUGUGCAGAAUGAACUUUAAGCACCAGGUUACAGAGCUGCUUUGAAAAUGGUUAGGCUGAGCACUGACGUACAGCAGUUUCUUUCUCAUCCUUUUCGCGCAUGCUGCAAAGAAAACAUCCAGUUAGCUGGCAAGAAAGCUUUCCAAUUGUUAUAUCAUUUUUGUCUCACCCGGCUAUAUUUUAUAAUGUUGUGGGGUGGAGAAUGCAUCAUUUUAUGUUUAACUGCAUUAAGAGCAGGAAUCAUCUCUUGCCAUGUUCUUUAUUUCCCCUUAAGAAAGCUACGAAGUGAAAGAUGUGCUGAUAGUAUUGUGACUGUUGUGGAGCCUACAAAGAACUUUAAUAAAUAAAGUUCUCAAAUAACUA